AUGUCCUCCCGUCCGUUCAUCACCUGCCACGUCCUCGAUACCGUCGCCGGCAAACCAGGCGCCAACAUAGAUGUCAAGCUCAAGCUCAUCUCUCCUUCGCAAGCAACCACCGCUCACUGGGCUGCCACCACGAAUACUGAUGGCCGCGUUGCUGCUUGGUCGUCUUCGGUCGAGAUCAACGAGAUCGUAAAGAAUGUGAAGGAGCGUCUGGGAGACGGAGAAGAGAUGGUCUGGAGCUUGACAUUCGAUGCCGAGAAGUACUUUGGGAAGGGCAAGACUUUUUGGCCAGAGGUAGAGUUGCGCUUUGCGGCGAAGAAGGAGGAGGAGCAUUAUCAUGUUCCCUUGCUUUUGGGUCCUUGGAGCUAUACCACGUACCGAGGAUCGUGA